GCAGAGAGGAUUGCAAGGAGAUAGGGGCAUUGAGCGCAGCUGCUGAGGUUCAACCUACAUUCAGUUUAACCCUGAGCACAGAAUGACGUACAAUAUACCUAACAUAUGUGACAUUGCCAAAAAUACAGGACCAUGAACAGAAGCCUUGAUUGAACAAAUCAAUGGCAUUUCUCAAAUCUCUCUAUAACAUCUCCUAACUAAAACUUGCAUAUCUGUGAGAGAGCACAUGUUGUGCACUCAAUGUGCAGGUUAUCGAAAUUGCAAAGCUUGUCUGACUAGUUCUCUCCGCCGCCGCGAGAUGUCUCCGCUGUCGUGCUAAUCCAAGGAAGCGGGAGGGCUCGGGAGGGCUUGCGGUCGCCCUGCGGUCUCGAGUGACGGCGCACUGCUCCUCUGACAGGGCACGCGGUGGUGGUGACCUGCUAUUGCGAAGAUGCAGCUGGCGGUGGUUUUACUGUUUGUGACUGUGUGUGUGAUCGGUGGAGAGGCUGCAGCACGUUUCGAACCGUCGGAAAUUCACCCAGGCCACGAAAAAGAAUGCUACGUUCAUGAGAUCAGAGGUUACCUGAAGCCGGGCAAAAAGAGAUAUCUGGCAAACUGUUCGGUCGUGGAGUGCACGAAAGAAAGGGGCGCUCUAUAUCUGUCCUUUUUAUCGUGCGGCGUGGUCGCUCACCACCCCUCGUGCACACCGAUACCCACUUCUCGGUUCGCUGUCUACCCAGAAUGCUGCAUAGAGUACGACUGUCCUCCUGGGGCUGGCAUCUCAAGAGUCGGCUAGCUGCAGUGAUGCCAUAUGAAGUUUUUGUACGCAAUUGCAUGUGAUGCUCUUAUGUAGUUUGAGCGGUCCCGAGGUUUCACUUCACUGACCUGUGUAACUUGCGAUCUCCUUGUGGAUUGUGAUGUCUUACGCGUGUUUGCUGGUGCUUUCUUUUUGACUUUAGAAGUAUCUGCUAAAAAUGGAAAUAUAUUUUCUUCUAAAGUCAACCUGUGGGUGGAGAAUAUAUUUUUGAAACAGGAGCAUUUACCAAACGUGGUUCCAGCAGGCUUGAGCAAUUGCGAUCGUGCAUCAUACAGGGCUUUGUUAAACUACUCGUGAUUAGUUUCGGAUGCCAUUUCAUAGAAGUGUGCCAAAUAUCAGCGGUUUACUCACCACACAGAUUACCACAACUCAACGGUUUACACAACCGAAACCGGUAAACCAAGCGUUUAAACUUUAUCGACGAUGGCGUGCAUAUUAAAAAUAAAAAAUAAAAAACACAUCAAAACUAAAUUAAAUAAGAUCACUCAUAAUGGUGGCGUAAAACAACAUUGCAAACAUGUAUGAGGUACACCAUCUUCUAAAUGCAUAAGCGCUGACAUCCUUUCUUACAUCUUUUGUCCGAUUCUAGGAAAGGGCAUUCAAGAUCAUUCUAGCGGACGCUUACGUGCUUGACUGUGAAAUUUGACGAGAUGAACAUGAACAACUUCGUUUAAUCCCUGUUGUUUAUAUAAUGGCUCCGGAAGAGUCAGCAUGAAAAUGCCACGAAAUACCACAGCUCGUCUACGUCGCUGAUUCAAAUCAAAUCUGAUCCUCCAGCCACAAAUCAGCUUCACUUACCGCAAUCAAGUCUCGACAGGCACACCAAUAAGGGCGAAUCACGCCCGCGACGAGCGCCAAAAUGAGCCUUACGGUCGACAUGUCCCUUUAAACUCGACACCGGGAGAGCCAGAGUGGCCCCCCACCCCCACCCCCUCCCCCAAAUCGAUUUGGUCUCGGUGACGUUCUGUGAUGACGUCACGCAGGCCAGGCCGGGGGACCUGUUGCUCUGGCUCGGGCGGGGGCGGGGGCGGGGGCGGCAGAAGACACGCGUGCGCCGGUUUGGUCUCGCGCUCACCGACGGUGUUACCACUGCCAGUUGCUCGCCUGAGGGCACGAGCGCAGGUUGGACGUCCGUGACGUCAGAAUCAGCUGACUCAGACUAUCGGAAACAGGAGAUUUCUCACACUCUCUCCAACGAGGACGUCAGAAGGACGAGAGGACUGGUGUGAGGAACGGAGAGGACACUGGAGGAGGGGAAUAUGAGGUCUCUUCUCCCUGAGCUACAGCUACAUCCUCCCCCAGAUGAAGACAAAAACGAAACGACAACGACACAGCCGGAGGAGCAAAACUGGACCCCGGACGAGUCGAGACCCUGCAAGCGUCAACGUCUCUCCGUCGAGAGCCGAGACGUCACCGCAUCGGACUCGUCAUGCACCAGUGAUGACGUCACAGCUCGUACAGGAGUGACGUCACCUCGCCGUGGUCCAGGGCGGCGGAAGAAGCCUGCACUCUCCGCUCGCGACCGGAACUUGCGACGACUGGAGAGCAACGAACGAGAGCGGCAGAGGAUGCACGGUCUAAACGACGCCCUGGAGGGACUUCGCCAAGUCAUACCACACGUCCAGACCCAGAAGAAACUCUCCAAAAUCGAGACUCUCACGCUGGCCAAAAACUACAUCAUGGCACUCACAAAUGUCGUAUGCGACAUGCGCGGACGACAUCGCGAGUACCCAGGCACCGCCGCCGAGUGCGCACCCCUGAUGACGUCAGAUUUGAUGACGUCAGAUCUGGUACCGCGGCUCGACGAGCUGCCCGAUGACAUCGAGUUGAGCGACCUCUGGCCUGAGAUCUGAGGUGAUGGGGCCAGCAGCCGGCUUCUUUGGUGAGCUGAGGGGUGUAUGAUGAUGGUCGUUGCAAACGACUGACCGUGGCGAGUCCACGGACUCUUGACGAAGGACUCAAUGUGUAACCGAUCUCCGAUUCAAUGCAUCGAGCCGUAACUGCGGAAGCAAUCCUGAUGCAGUGGGACUUGGCGGCCGAUUCCCAUACCUCUAUCUGGCUUCCUCUGAGCUUCUUUAGAUUAGGUUGACAUGUUCCUUGUACUCUGCACCCUGUUCUGAGAAGGCACCACACUCGCGCUGGAUUCAGGUCAAAGUGGAGUCCCGAAGUACGGCAGCUUAUCUGACAACUCCAGUCGAUGUGGAGCUCAGCAGGCUCAGCGACUUCGAUUGCCUACCGGUCCAGCAGUUCGCUGAUCCCCUCAUACGUCUGAGGAUGCUACUACGAAUUUUAUGUUCUGUUACGAGAACUGUGGCUGCCUAGCAUACGCAGCCCUACCCAGAACUAUGCUAUGGUUUUGUUAGAAGUACUUAUAACUGUUACAAUACUUAUAUAUGUAGAUGGCAAAUCUUGAAAUAUAAAGGGUAACAAUGCCUUGGAAAGAUAAUUAUCCAAAGGUAAACGUUCAAUGUUUUUAAAAGUGGCAUACCUCUGUAAUAAUCCAACAGUUUUAUACACAUGGAAUGCACAUCGGGAUAUGUGCAAUUUUAUCUUCUAUGCAUGUUCCAAUCUAGUCACAUUGAGUCAAACAACUUGACUAAAUAACUUUCCACUCACCGCUAACUCUGAGAUAGCUAGCCACAAGAGUAGCCACACAGUAUAAUCAGACCUUUAUCCAGCGGUUACCACAGGCCCAGAUGGCCUCCCCCAGAGCAAUUGGUCUGAAUAUUUUAGCUAGCACAGUCGUCGGCGGCUCAACUUCGUGCGGCCAAAGGUCAUAGGUCAUCCGGGAGGUCACUGAGAGCGCAUUCGACUUCAUGAAUGUCUGCGAAUAUUGACUCGGUGUCAGAGCUGAGGAGACAUUUGAUGUUGACAUUUAGAGCGUUAGCUUCGGCACUCACAUUCCAGUUCAUCUAUUUAGAACACUGUCUUUUGCUUGCGUCAUUCAAUCGCAGUAGUUUUUUUAACCGACCUUAGCUGUCAUCAGAAAAGUUUAUGUCAUUCUCAUGUGAUAAAUACCUGAUCUCAGGAGUAUAUUUUUGUACUGAAACUCAUCUAGUAUUAGUUUAUAUCACGUAUACUGUGAGCGCACACUGCAUACUUAUUGUUCAGUGUCCGCAUCCUAUCUCUGAAUCUGAAUCUGAAUCCGCCUCUGAAAUCCUGAAUUGUGUCUUUCCCUUUCACUCUGGAGAAGCCUGCAGCCCGAGCCGGUUAUUUAAAUCCACGUUCAGUGCCAUAUCAUUGUGUCAUUCGACCGCGUUUGUGCAUAGGUGCUACUUAUUCCUUUUUGUAGUUGUAUUUUUUUCAGAGACAAACACACACAACCACAAAUGAAGAAGACAAUGAUGCGUGCAUAUAUCCUGUUUUAAAAAGUACGCUGAUGCCUUGCCUUCUCAUCUCCCUAAAACAAGAAUGCAAGAAUAUCAUUGAUCACAGCUCAUUUUCCUGCUUACAAUAUUCUCCCGCGCGGCCAACAACACUUUAAGUGUAUUGAACCGCUCGGGACACCAGAGGGAGGCGAUACACGCUAUCUCACCCAGCCCAGGUUGUUUGCCUCCCAUCGGAGCAGCCAUAAGUCGAUAGACACCACGCUGGAGAGGCAGCGCCUGAAAUGAGCGAUUUACAGCUGGUGUGGCGACUGGCUUAGAAAUGAGUCGAUAGCGGUGGCAGGCUGUUGUUUUGUAUAUUUAAAAGGAGAAUUACAGAAUGAUAAUGACAAAAAAGAGAAGGCUAAAGCACUAGUACAGGUUCGCAACAACACAGGCUUACAAGGCCUGGCUAAGAGCAAUGAAUGAGGAAUCAACCUUGCCAUUGUUUUUACUUUUUGACAGCUUUUGGUCGUAUGAGUUCCAAGCAUAGUUUCCCAACUUUGGCUCGACUGAUCGGCCCUUCAUUUUAAAACUUGUAUACCAUUAC